UGGUUGUAACGGGUUCAAGCGUGAGUAUCGUGGCUGAGAACAAAAGCAGACGCAAUCGGGAAUUUUUUUUUAUUAUAUAUAAAAACAUGUAUGAUUUAUGAAAUUGAUCAACAAACAAGUCGACAAAAAAACGUAUAUCAAAUUCUCUAUUGAACAAAAUGUCGUCAACGUUCAGCGGUGAUGAAACUGCUCCAUUCUUCGGCUUCCUCGGCGCCGCCGCUGCCCUCGUCUUCUCCUGUAUGGGAGCUGCCUAUGGAACGGCCAAGAGUGGUGUUGGAGUUGCAUCGAUGGGGGUUAUGAGGCCUGAGCUGGUCAUGAAGUCGAUCGUCCCAGUGGUUAUGGCGGGAGUUUUGGGUAUUUACGGUCUCAUCAUAGCUGUUAUCAUCAGUACUGGUAUUAAUCCCAAGGCUAAAUCCUAUUAUCUCUUUGAUGGCUAUGCUCAUCUCUCGUCUGGUCUCGCUUGUGGUCUUGCUGGCCUCUCUGCUGGUAUGGCUAUUGGGAUUGUGGGUGAUGCUGGUGUUAGGGCCAAUGCACAACAGCCAAAACUUUUCGUCGGUAUGAUUCUAAUUCUCAUUUUUGCUGAAGCCCUUGCUCUAUAUGGUCUCAUUGUUGGUAUCAUCCUCUCUUCUCGAGCGGGUCAGUCAAGAGCUGAAUAAGAAUUUUUUCUUUCUGGUGGCUAUAUUGAUCGUUGCUGUUUAUCUAGAACUACUUUGUUAUCCUUUAAAGAAAAAAACUCAGCGAAAUGUUCUAUAAGAUCUUGUUUGCGGUGUAAUUAGAAAUUCUAUGAAAUUGUUUGUUAAGUUUUUUUUUUAUGUUCUGAUGGUAGGAUAUAGAAUUAGCAAUUAGUUUCACCAUUUAAUAGCAAUAUUUGUGCAGACUCAUUGCCUGUAUUAUAUUUUGCUAGUAAGCUAGCACUCUGGAUGUGCUGUUAAUAUUGCCAUUUUCUUUA